CUUUGUUUUGCUGAAGCUCAGUGCUGGCACAUCAGCGCUAGCAGCUUGGCGCUGUUUAACGCUUUCGACACGCCACAGCACGCCUGACCUACGAGCGCUGCGCAAGAGCGCUCAGCGAGCAGCGGUGGUUACGCCGCCUACUCGCGCACGCGCCCUGAGCCCGACGAGCGACUGCCCGCGCGGCGCACGGACGACAAUAUGACGCUGCGCUUUGCCCUCCUCGUAACGACCGCGGCCGCACUGCGCCCUACGCAAACGCGCGUCUCGACCACGAAAAAGCUCGACGUCGUCGUCGUGGGAGGCGGCAUCAGUGGACUAGCGACGGCGUUAGAGCUCGCGAGAAGGGGCCGUUCGGUAAGAGUCGUCAGCCGGGACCUCGCGAAGAGCGCCACGUUGGCGGCGGGCGGCAUGCUCGCGCCCCAGGCGGAGCGAUUGGAGGAGGGCCCCCUCCUCGACCUCUGCGUCCAGGCGCGGGAGGCGUGGCCUAGUUGGUUAGACACGCUCGACGCGCCGCGACCGACGCUGAAUGCGGUCGGCGGCUUCGUCUCGCCUUCACUCACACCAGGGUCGUCGAUCGAAAGCUGGCGGCCGCCGUCGAGCGCGGGACCCUCAGAAUGGCUCGAUGGUAACGCACUGCGGGCCAUGGAGCCCUCAUUAGGCAACGAUGUAAGGGGCGGCUGGUGGUACCCCCUGGAGACGUGGGUCGAUCCUGUACAAACGCACGAGUGUCUCUUGAAGACGUGUGAAUCUGCCGGAGUUGAGGUCGUUGUGGACCAAGACGUGGCCGGUUUGGAUCUAGCAAGGGACGGGUCCUGUUCUGCUUUAAGACUCAAGGACGGCUCCUUACUGGAAGCGGCGGAUUAUUGUGUGGCGGCCGGCGCGUGGCUGCGGGGUCUAUUACCCAUCCCGGUCUCGCCCCAAAAGGGCCAGAUGCUCUCUUUGAAACCACCUCCAUCAAACGACCGCACGGGCGCGCCCGCAAGGGUCGUGUACGGCGAGGACUGCUACAUCAUACCGCGCGGUGAUCGGGUCGUCAUUGGUGCUGACUCAGCGUGAAAGAUGAACUUGAAGUUGACGUCGUCGCGUCGAUGGCGUCAACGCGAUGCUGCACCGCCUCGACGUCGUCGACGCGGCCGCACGAGAGUCUACGUGUCUCGCGAGGGAGCCGCGGCCGUGUCGCGACAGUGUCGUUCCCGCGCAGGCGCGACGGUUGAAAAUAGUAGUACGAUGCAUUGUGAUGUUGAGGGUGUCCACGCUUUAUUGGGGCGUGCCCAAAAACUCUGCCCCGGCCUCGGACAGUGGCAAUUGGAUGAUGCCUGGGCGGGCCUCCGGCCGACGACGACGGACGGCGCGCCGGUGCGUAUCUCGGCGUCCCGUCGUGGAGAGUCACGCCAUCAACUUGUGUCCAUCUCACGAUGACGUGGGUGGUUUCUUUUUCGAUUUUGAGCCGUUUCGCAGGUCUUAGGGAGAACGCGGUGGUCGAACCUCUGGGUCUGCGGCGGCUACUGGAGGAAUGGGAUUCUCCUGGCGCCGACGGCGGCGCGUUUACUGGCGGACGCGAUGGAUUCGUCGCUCUCGGAAAAAGACGCUCAACUACUGGAUGCUUGUCGCUGGGACCGGUUCUUCGCGCCCGUUUCGUCGGAAUCGUCGCGGCUGCGCGAGGGCCACGCGGGGCUCACUUCUGGGGAACCGGCGGACUUGGAUCGGAUCGGCUACGGCGCGAUCACGGCGGGCGAGGCCGACGCCGGCGGCGCCGCGCGCGCGGCGAACCUGGAAGCGCUCUUCGGCGGCGGCGUCUCGGCGCCCGAACCGGCGCCGGCCGCGGCGCCGGCCGCGGCGCCGGCCGCGGCGCCGGCCGCGGCGGCGCCGCCGACGCUCGGCGAGGGCGGCUACGAGGCGGUUCGCGGCGUCGACGGCGCCGCGUCGCGCAAGAGCAACCUCGAGCUCCUGUUCGGCGAGAAGGCCCUCGAUUUGCCGGCCGAGGACGAGGCCCGGGCGCCCCCGUCGGAAGACGGCGCGGGCGCAGGGUUUCCGAAGGCGGCGCCGGACGAAGAUGAUGUUAUCCUGUCGAUGCGCGAGGCUUUCGCCGACGGCACGUACGGGCCGGAGCUCGUCGAGGGCGCCCUGCCGUCCGAUCUAUCAGGCCCGACGACGCGGGCGGACGGCAUCCAGGGGCUGGUGGACCUCCCCGCGCCGAAGGUGCCUUUGCAGGGUCAAUCGGCCGCGGACGACCUCUACGCGGCGGUGGCGCGGAAUAAGGGGGAGUAG